UGCAUUGGAUCCUUCGCCAAACUCUGAGUUUUUUAAGUGUCAAACUCUCUCUCUCUCUCUCUCUCUCUCUCUCUCUCUCUCUCUCUUUCUGCUGUGUCUGCGUUCCUUCCUGGUUUUGAAGGCUAAACUCCAAAGAAGUUGAUAGCUGAGAAAGGAUACACCAGUAAAGAAACUGCAAAAAUAUACCAGAUUAUAUUUUUAUGCAGGACCUGAGCACCGUUUGAUGUUUUAAAGUCCCUGGUUCUUUGUUCUUUUGCGUUUGUUUUGGUUCAGUCUUUAUACCAAAUCCAUUUCCUUCUCUUCUCGAAAGUCUCUAUGUACUCGGCGGAGUUCUACAAAGACUCGGUUUCCUCCUUCAUGGUUGGCUACUGCGACUCGAAAGCUGCUCAAAUGUUGGUAUCCGAUAAAGAUGACGGGGGUGCUCUAAAUCUCAAUCCGCUGGAAUUCAAACUCUUUGUUCAAGAGUUCAAAGAUAGGAAGAAUUGUCAAGUUAAGCGCAACAAUUCAAAUAGAGAUGAAUCAGAUGAUAAAGAAGAUGAUCGUAAUCGUUCAGAGGUCCAUCAACAAAAGGAGGAAGAACAAGUGAUGAAAAGUUCGGAAGAAAAGCAAGAAGACAACUUCGACAUGUUUGUUUCGUCCUUGAAGGUUAAGAUUCCAUCUGCAGAAGAAUCAAGAGGACUAGAAGACGAAGAUGAAGGGCUGAAGACUCCUACAUCUUUGGAUCAGAAGAUCAUUGUGAGCCUCAAGUCUCCACCAGGUGCACCAAGAAAACCAAAAGCACUGCCACUAAAGAAGCGAAAAGCCCAUCGCCAACCGAGACUUUUGCUUGAUCUUUCAAGAGAAAUUGAAUUGUUGUUUCCGCCGGUUGUCUGUGCUGAUCUUGGUGGUGAUACGAUUAAGAAGAAAUCCAGACAAGAAAGCUCCUAGUACCAAUGAUUGUAUGACCAGCUAGCUGAGGUUUUUUAAUAUCGAAUUUUCUGCAUGUGAAGCCAUUUAUAUCAAUUAACGAAAUUUAGUUAUUUCCUAUAUAUCUAUGGUAGAUUUUGUGAUA